UCCUGCACUGUCCGCUUUGGUUUGGUUCCGCUCAGCCAGCGCCUUAUCACCCCACUUGUCAAAACAGAAACAAUCGCUCGCCACCGAAAAUAUUGACGUGUACCAUUUCUUGGCAGGGAAAAGGAAAGCAAGUUGGUGUGAAAAGUUAUAAUUUUGCUUGGUAAAUAGCAGUAAACCACAUUGUAUAGGUGGUAGUUGCUGUUAGCCACCGGAAUGAACUUCCUUAAAAGUGGCCUACAAACUGUGCUUGGUUCACAGCAACCGAACCAAGCGCCUAGCGGUGCAGAAACAGUGGAACUUUUAGUGGAACGUGUAACAUCGUCCACCCUGCUAGAUGACCGGCGCGAUGCUUGCCGGGCGUUGAAAGCCCUCUCGAAAAAGUAUCGCAUCGAGGUAGGCAUUGGCAUGAACGCGAUGCUGCAGGUGCUCGAGACGGAUCGAACAGACUGUGAGAUUAUCGGUUACUGCUUGGACACGCUCUGCCAUGUCACAUCACCGGAGCAGUUCGAAGAGGAAGAGGACAACCCGAACGUGACGACCAACAUCGGGGAACAGUUUACGGAAAUUUUCAUCAAAAACUCCGACAAUGUGUGCCUGGUGUUGGGUUGUUUGGAGGAAUACGACUUUCGCGUACGGUGGGCCGCAAUCAAGCUGCUCACCAAUCUGCUGGCUAACCGGCCGAAGGAGAUACAGGAGAUAGUGCUCGUCAGCCCGAUGGGUGUGUCGAAGAUGAUGGAUUUGCUGAUCGACAGCCGGGAGGUGAUCCGGAACGAUGCGUUGCUGCUGAUGAUUCAGCUGACGAAGGGAAAUGGAAAUAUUCAGAAAAUUGUCGCUUUUGAAAAUGCGUUCGAUCGAUUGCUGGACGUUAUCAAGGAGGAAGGUUGCUCGGACGGAGGCAUCGUGGUGGAGGACUGCCUUAUAUUGAUGCUCAACCUGCUGAAGAACAAUCCAAGCAACCAGCAGUUCUUUAAGGAAGGUUCGUACAUUCAACGAUUAGCACCGAUGCUGGAACUAUCCACCGACCAAGAUCAGGCCGGUAUGAGCCCGCAGAAAGUUUCGAAUCUGCACUGCAUGCUGCAGGUAGUAAGGGCGCUGGUAUGUCCCAGCAAUCCCCAGCAGGUUAUCAGCUCUUGUCAAAAAGCAAUCCGCAGUUCAGGGUUGCUUUCGGCCAUAUGCAACAUUAUCAUGGCGAGUGGUGUGCCACCGGAUUUGUUGAUCGAAACGAUCAACACGAUCGCGGAGGUGAUUCGGGGCGAUGGACAAAAUCAGGAUUACUUUAACUCGUUCGUUGCACCGUGCGAUCCACCCCUGUCAGCGAUCGUGCUGCUGCUCAUGUCAAUGGUCAACGAGAAGCAACCACUUUCACUGCGCUGUGCCGUACUGUACUGCUUCCAGAGCUACCUGUACCGCAACGACGGUGGACAGACGUCACUGGUUAAAACUCUGCUACAAUCCUCCGAACAGACGACCUCGAUCACCAGCGGACAGUUGCUCUGCCGCAGUCUGUUUAGUACGGAUCCGCUCUCGAACUGGUUUGCGGCCGUUUCGAUGAGCCACGCACUGUUGGAGAAUCCGGCCCAAAAGGAGCAACUGUUGCGUGUGGUGUUGGCCACGUCUCACACUAGCAAACCCGUCUCACUGCUGGAACAGUGCAAUCAGUUGCUGCAGCAAGCAAACUGCAAGUUCCAGAGCAAGGUCGGCUUGCUGAUGCUGCUGUCCGUGUGGUUAAGCCACUGUCAGCUAGCGGUGCGUACAUUCCUCUCCAUUCCGGGCACGGUCGCUUACCUUACCGGGCAAAUAUCGGCCAACGAGCAUGGAGACAACGAAUAUCUGGUGCAGGGCUUGUGCGCCUUCCUGAUGGGCAUCUGCAUCCAGUUCAACGAUAACAGCGUGCAGGAGCAUCAGCGCGAAUUCCUCUGCCAGCUGCUGGUGAAACGAAUCGGGCUCGACACCUACAACAAAAAGCUGGGCGAAGUGUCCAAGCACGAGAAUUACAGCAAAUCGGCCAAACAGCCACAGAUACGCAUUGCGGCGACAACCGAUCUACUGCUGGAUUAUGAAUUUUGCCGCCUGUUCAAAACGCUCGAAGCGGUAAUCUCGAAAACGGUGAACGGAUUCAGCACCGGUGGGGAAAACAUUACCGAGCUUACCCUUAGCCAGGAAGCGUCCGGCCUGGUGGCACAGUAUAAAGACAUCAUCCGGGAGCAGGAUUCGCGGCUUCAGGCACUCCAACAGCAACUCGCACACGCCGAAACCAAAGUACAUGAGCUGACCGGUGCCUUGGAACAGUCGCACACCAGCAAUGGUCAGCUGCAGGAUCAGAACAUACUGCUGAAAGCGCAACUCCAAGCAGCGUCCGAUAUGCGCCAGCAGGCCAUCUCCUCGUCGGCAUCUUCCCCGCUGCAUCUGCUACCGGCCCAGGGCGAUCAGCAGGAAGCACUCGAAAAACGAUUGUCCAUGCUAACGCUCGAGCAGCAAACGGAUCGAGCCAAGCUUGUCUAUUACGAGUCGGAAAACAGUCGCCUUUUAGGUGAGCUCGACCAGCUGCGGGCACGCGUUACGUCGGCGGAAAGCAAAGCCAACGAGUCCGGUACCGAACUGGAUAAGCUUCGGAAGGAUCAGGAAGAUCUGCUUGAACUGUUGACCGAUCAGGAGAAUAAACUGCAGCGCUACCGGAUGGAACUGAAGCGUGUGACCGGCCAAUCGCUCGACGAGGACGACGAUGAAGAUGAUGAGCUGCAAGCGAUAGAGGCAAACGAUGGUGUUGAAAGCAGCAAAGAAACCAUAACGACUAACCAAAAUGCUUCCAACUAUCCAGGAGGAUUUGUGUGCUAACUAACGACGAUCGGUCGCCGUCGUUUUCAGACUUCCGCUUCGUAUUACUUUACGCUACCACUAAAUGCACGCCAAUAAAAGUUAUGUUUUCGAUUACGAACGAAACUAUGCGAGGUUGUACAUAUAAGCCACUAGCCAGUAGAACGUUUUAAGUUAAUAUUAUUAGUCGUUAACAGUAUGUAUACACAAUUCACCAGACAAAUUCCACAAUAAAAGUCGCAUUAAAAUAAUCACACCAAUAA